AAAAUAGGAGACACUAUCUCUGGAAUCUACAGCGGGAGAGGUGGCGAUAGGAGAAGCGAAGGCCAGCUCCGCCUUGAAAUUGGACGGAAUACCGCUGUAUUCCGGGAUGGGAAUGACGGAGAGCGACGACGCCGUCGUGAUACAGAAGGGGAAGAAGGCCGGAGAGCCGCACGUUAUCACCGUCAAUUGUCCGGAUAAGACUGGUCUCGGCUGCGAUAUCUGCAGAAUCAUCCUUGAUUUCGGCCUCUACAUCACCAAAGGAGAUGUCACAACUGAUGGACUUUGGUGUUACGUCGUGUUGUGGGUGGUUCCUCAUUCCAAUUCUCUCGUUAUAAGAUGGUCCAACUUGAAGAACCAACUUCUCUCUGUUUGCCCCUCGUGUUCAAGUUCCUUCUUGUUGAAUUUGAUGCCUCCUCGUCCCAGGUCAACACCUGUUUACUUGUUGAAGUUCUUCUGUCUUGAUCGAAAGGGACUUCUACAUGAUGUUACUCAAGUACUGUGUGAGCUUGAGCUCACAAUUCAAACUGUUAAAGUGACAACAACACCAGAUGGGAGAGUUCUGGACCUUUUCUUCAUUACAGACAACAAGGAUCUUUUACAAACGAAAGGACGACAAGACGAGACACUAGAGCAGUUGCAUUCAGUUUUAGGAGAAUCAUGUAUCAGUUGUGAGCUCCAGUUGGCGGGUCCUGAGUACGAGUGUCAUCAGAAUAUUCCAUCCCUUUCUCCAACAGUGGCCGAAGAGUUGUUUAGGUCUGAACUAUCUGAUGAAGAAGCCCGUACACAGGCUCUUAGUCCUGAUAUGACGAAGCUGAAAAAUUCUAUUGUCACUGUUGACAACUCGUUAAGCCCAACUCACACAUUGCUCCAAAUAUGCUGUGUUGAUCACAAAGGCCUUCUCUAUGACGUAUUACGACCUCUAAAAGACCGUGACAUUAAGAUAUGUUAUGGCCGUUUCUCGCCUCAAUCUCAAGGCUACCGGGAUCUUGACCUAUUUAUUCAGCUGAUAGAUGGGAAAAAGAUUGUGGAUCCCGACAAGCAGAGGAUUCUAUGUUCACGGCUGAGGGCUGAAAUGCUUCACCCAUUGCGUGUUACUAUCACAAACCGAGGACCAGAUACUGAACUUCUGGUUGCAAACCCGGUCGAGCUAUCCGGUAAAGGCAGACCAAGAGUUUUCUAUGAUGUCACUCUUUCACUGAAAAUGCUAGGAAUCUGCAUUUUCUCGGCUGAAAUAGGAAGGUACUCGGCCUGUGACCGGGAAUGGGAAGUGUACAGAUUUCUUCUGGACGAGAAUUGUCCCUUUCAGCUCAGUAAUAAUGGUGCUAGGAGUCAGGUUGUUGAUAGAGUGAGAAGGAUUUUAAUGGGUUGGUGAAUUACUUCUGGUCAUCUUAUACAUAUUUUUCUGAAGAUCCCGAACCGAGUAUAUAUAUAUAUAUGUAUAUAUGGAUGGCUUUGAUCAUAAGAUCAUGUUCAAGUUGAUGUCCUGUUUCUGUUCAGUUUGCUGCGAUUGCCUUAACACCAUAGUUGGUGCCUUGGUUUGA